GUAUGCUAUAUACUUACUAUAUAGAAAAGGGAAAGAAAGGUAUGUUGAGAUCCUAAAUUUAUCACACUUCAACAAGGCAAUACUUUCAAGUUUCAACCAUGGAAUUGAUCCUAACAUACCCUAAGCUUUUUUUCAUUACAUUUACAUUAGUAAUACUAUUUUUCUACCGCAAAAACUCUAAACGAAGAGUUUUCCUUGUAGAUUUCGCAUGCUACAAGCCCCCGAAAAAUCAACAAGUUGAUAGACAAACGUUUGUCAACAAAAGCACUAAAACUCUUUGUUAUAACAAAGACUCACUAGAGUUCAUGGAGAAGAUGUUGGAACGAUCCGGUUUAGGUGAUAAAACGUACCUUUCUAAAGGUUUGUUUAAAGAACCUAUAGAUAUGAGCGCGGAAGCUGCUAAGGAAGAAGUAGAGAUGGCAAUAUUCGGAGUCAUAGAUGAACUUCUUUUGAAAACCGGAGUACAAUGUAACCAUAUUGAGAUAUUGAUUACUGUUUUUGGUGUAUACAAUAUUAUACCAUCGAUGUCUAGUGUCAUUGUGAAGCGUUACAACCUUAGACAUGAUAUACGUACAUAUAAUAUUACUGGAAUGGGAUGUACUGCUGGCCUUGUUGCCUUAGGCCUUGUCCAGAAUUUGCUUAAGGUGCAUGAUAACUCUUGUGCACUAGUAGUGACUAGUGAGAGCACUACAGCAAAUGUAUACAAAGGGAAUGAUCGGUCAAAAUUGUUGACUAAUUGCAUAUUCCGUGUGGGUGCAGUAGCUCUGCUCCUAUCUAACAAACCGUCUGAUCUGAAUACAUCAAAGUAUGAGCUCAUCCAUGUUGGCCCAACAAUCCACACCGUCAGAUCUCAAACAUCGGACGAUGAUCGCUCGUACAAUUGUAUUUUCAUGGAAGAAGACGUGGAAGGACAUCGAGGCAUCACAAUCAAUAAAGAUCUGUUGUACGCAGCUAUGAAAACCAUUCGAUUAAACAUAUCCACUGUAGCUCCUUUAGUACUUCCUCUAUCUGAAAAAAUCCGUUACUUGGUAAAUCUUUUUAGUACAAAAAGCAACUUUUAUAGUCCUGAUUUCUCCAAAUCGAUUGAUCAUUUCUUCCCACAUGUCGGUGGGAAGCCGGUGUUGGAUGACUUGCAGAAGAAGUUAGGAUUUAGCGAUGAGCAAAUGGAAGCUUCUAGAAUGACACUGUACAGAAUUGGUAAUCCUUCAAGUAGUUCGAUAUGGUAUGAAGUAGCUUAUGCUGAGGCAAAAGGUAGGGUGAAAAAAGGAGAUGCAUUGUGGCAGAUAGCAUUUGGGUCAGGUUUCAAGUGCAACAGUGUGAUUUGGAAGGCAAUUCGAUCUGUUAAUCGCGAUGAGAUGAAUCCAUGGCGCGAUGAAAUUCAUGAGUUCCCCGUCAAUGUUAGUGAUAUCGAAGUAGUCCCGGACCUAUUCGUUGCUUCUAAAUAGGAAUGCUCAUUUUGUUUCCCCUGUUUAAUUUUUGUUGUUCUAAGCAAUUUUUCUAUUUAUAAAGAAUGGUGUAAUUUAUAUGUAAUUUUU